AGCGCGAGAAGAUCCCGGAAGGCACCUUAUGUGUGGUCUGCGCGGAUCUGGCAAGUGGCAUACAUUAUUCGGUUCCAAGUUGCAACGGGUGCAAAACAUUUUUUCGACGAGCUCUUGUCCUGUUCGAUGCGUUUGCCGCAGUUGUCGGCUCAAGAAAUGCUUCGAUAUGGGUAUGGAUCCAAAAGGUCGGUUAUGAAU